AAAAAAAAAAAGAAAAAAAAAAAACCUCCCCCCCCCCCCCCCACAAUCGCUUUAUAUGGUGUAAUUUACCAUCACUAUGUUGGAGCCAUUCCACUAACUCCUAGCUUGGUCCCUCUUUAGCUUGGUUUACCCCCCAGUUCACGUUCUGUUUGUUCCUCGUUGUUCCUCGUUGUUCCUCCCUUUCGGCAGCGUCAACAUUCUUGGUCUCUGGUUUUCGCCCUGAAACCCCCUCUAGACUACCGUCGCCAUGGGUAUCUUUAAGCGUAAAGACUCCAAGAACUCGAUCCCGGGGGAGAAGGAUGACCGUGAGUCAUUUGUCUCCGUCAAUAGCGCUCGAACUUCGAAUGCGUCCUUGAAGUCCCCUGGGUAUAAAGGAAGCGGGCUGCCUUCUUCCAUCCCGGAGUUGGCCAUCGCCAAUCCGCCGGAUCCAGCUCUGGACCCUGCGGCCUACUUGCGAAGCAUUCAUGCGGUUCGACAGCGAUGCCAAAUCAUUCUUAGGAGGGCGAAGAGAAAUCAGCUGAAGCACUUCGAUGUUGAUAUGAGCAAGUUUGGCGAAACGGCUUCGUAUAUCGUGUCCAUUAUCAAGAGAGACUACGCUCCCGACUAUUCAUCUAUUCCUCCUCAUGGCCGCUGGCAACAUUUUGACGUGGGGGGAAGACCCCGUAUUAACCAGUUGCUUCAAUCUUGGCCUAGCACCAUUGAUGCGCAGGAGCGAACCCGCCGACUGAUCGACCUCUUUGUGGUCUCGGUUCUCCUCGAUGCUGGUGCAGGGACUACCUGGUCCUACAAGUCCAAGGAAUCCGGCAAGAUUUAUUCGCGAAGCGAAGGAUUAGCUGUGGCGACGCUGGAAAUGUUCAAGAGCGGAUUGUUCAGUAGCGACCCCACAGAACCCUGCCAGGUAGAUGGUGCUGGACUGAAGAAGAUCACAGUCCACGUGUUGGCCAAGGGCUUCCAGCAUUCGGACAGCAACCAACUCCCUGGUAUUGAAGGGCGCGCGGGGCUUCUGAUCAGGUUAUCGGAUGCACUGAAUAACCAAGAGUUCUUCGGGGUAGACGCCAGACCAGGAAACAUGCUCGACUAUCUCCUUUCGCACCCAUCAACACUCGCCUCGUCCGUUCCCAUUGUCUCAAUCACAACUCUCUGGGCCGUGCUCACAGAUGGUUUCGCUUCCAUCUGGCCCCGCUCCCGAACGCAGAUCGAUGGGCUCUCGAUUGGAGACGCCUGGCCGUGUUCUGACUUGCCUGCUUCUCCGCCCGCGCAGCCUUGGGAGAAUAUCGUUCCCUUUCAUAAGCUUACUCAGUGGCUCUGUUACUCGAUUAUGGUUCCGAUGUCGCGACUGAUGAAGAUUCAUGUUGCUGGCAGUGAACUGCUCACUGGACUUCCCGAAUACCGCAACGGCGGUCUCCUGAUUGACCUUGGAUUGCUGACCCUGAAGGAGAUCGAUCUGGAGCGGGGACUGGCAGCUUACAGGGAGAACGCUCAGAUUCGGGGCCAGCCUAGCGUGGAAGUGGUUCCUUUGUUUUCUGCGGCGGACGAUGUAGUGGUGGAGUGGCGGGCAGUGACCGUUGGAUUCCUGGACGACCUCUUGGAUGAGGUCAACGGGCAGCUAGGACUGCUAGGCGCUGAUCAACUCACGCUCUCCCAGAUGCUUGAAGCGGGUACUUGGAAGGUGAAUACUCCGUGCUUCCCAGUCCUUUCGCACCAAUGUUCUUGUCUUAACGAUAAUACGCAGGGUGGCCGUGAAAUUGCCGAAGUCUCCAGACCAAAUACAAAAGAGCCUCCGAUUAUGAUACGCUCCGAUGGCACCGUGAUCUGAUUUUUUCGCAUAUCCCUUCGAAUUUCCUG